CUGUGUCGAGCAGCUGAGGUCGAUAUUGUGGUGUGUGAGAAAGGAAGUGAGAGAGAGAGAGUAUCGACAAUGGCUCUUCGAAUUCUUAGCAGGAAAAACCUAACGCCGACAAUUUCUGGAGCGAUACGGUCUGGACAUUUUCGCGGCUUCCAGACCUUCUCCUUGCCCGACCUCCCUUACGACUAUGGCGCUCUUGAGCCCGUCAUCCAUGCCGAAAUCAUGCAGCUUCAUCACCAGAAGCACCAUCAAGCCUACAUCACCAACUAUAACAAGGCUCUUGAGCAGCUUCACGAGGCCAUCAACAAAGGCGACACUUCCGCUGUUGUCAAGUUGCAAAGUGCCAUCAAAUUCAAUGGCGGAGGUCACGUCAAUCAUUCGAUUUUCUGGAAAAAUCUCGCUUCUAUUCAUGAAGGGGGUGGUGAGCCUCCAAAGGGAUCUCUAGGAUGGGCGAUCGACACUCAGUUCGGUUCUCUUGAAGCCUUGAUUCAGAGGGUCAACGCAGAAGGUGCUGCUUUACAGGGCUCUGGAUGGGUGUGGCUUGCUCUGGAUAAAGAACUGAAGAAGCUGUCGGUUGAAACCACGGCCAAUCAGGAUCCUCUUGUGACUAAAGGAUCUGCCUUAGUUCCUCUGCUUGGGAUCGAUGUUUGGGAGCAUGCGUAUUACUUGCAGUACAAAAAUGUCAGACCAGACUACCUGAAGAACAUAUGGAAAGUCAUAAACUGGAAGUAUGCUGAUGAGAUUUUCGCGAAAGAAGCUCCCCUAGUUGAGAGUCGUUAAGAAAAAAGUCCCUUGGGUCCAUUUGUUGAAUCUUCUUUUAGCUGUUUUCUGGUGAAAUAUUGAAUAACGAACAUCCUUGUAUGCAUGGAUGUUCAAGCCUUGUAAUGAGAUGAAAUGUAUCUUUCUUUGGCCACCUGGGUUCAGUUUUUCCCCAGUCAUAUGCCUUUUACAGUUCAUGUUCUUGUAACAUCUAUGUUCAAAUCCUCUGUUAUUGUU